AAAACAAAAGAUAUAUCCAUAGAAAUACCGCAAAUUGGUCGUCUGGAUCACCUCGCCGCAGAAACCCUAGAAUUAACGGAGAAAUUGGUUGUCAUCUGCUCCAAUUCUCAUGCUGCAGAAACCCCCUAGCACUCCUUUUAGUCGCCUUACAUAAAGAUCUUCCGCCUUCUUCGCAUCCAAGCCGACUCUCAGUUUCCCCCUUUUUUCGCCACAGUAGUAGUAACUCUACAUGGAUUACGGAGGCAGGUCUGAUUCUGUAAUCGAGAUCAUUCCCGAUGCUUCUGCUAUUUGUUCUGAACCUAUACCAUCUUCACUCGAUCAAUCAAUAUGGGCAACAGAAGACGAUUACCGUGCUUGGAAUGGCGAUUCCUCCAUGGAUUCGUUCUCAAACCAAACCAAUGAUGGCCGGCAACCCCAUUCCCGUGCUGGGAGUGAGCAGCCCCAUAUCAAGAAGCCUCGAAUUUCCUUACAGGGAGAUUCUGGUGCUGGCAAGUCCAAAGCUUUAGGUAAAAUGUUCUUCAAAACCAAAUUAUGCUGCAAAUUUCGUGCCGGGACAUGCCCUUAUGUCACAAACUGCAACUUCGCACAUGGAAUGGAUGAGCUCAGGAAGCCUCCUCCCAAUUGGCAAGAAAUUGUAGCAGCUCUUGAAGAUGGAAGUUUUGUUGAGCCAAGGGAGGAGCACCAGAUUCCAAUCCUGACUACCUCCUCUGUUGUGGGUGAGGGACAGAGAUCAUACAAGGGGAGAAACUGCAAGAAGUUCUAUACUGAAGAAGGUUGCCCUUAUGGUGAUACUUGUACUUUUCUGCACGAUGAGUUAAAGCCUCGUGAAAGUGUGGCUAUAAGCCUUUCUCCCACAGUUGGAGGGGGAGGUUAUGGUGGUGGAGGGAAUGGAAUGAAUCAGAAGCCUUCCAAUUGGAAGACGAGGAUCUGUAACAAGUGGGAGAUGACUGGGUAUUGCCCAUUUGGCAGCAAGUGCCAUUUUGCUCAUGGUGCUGCAGAGCUCCAUAGAUAUGGUGGAGGGUUGGUAGAAAUGGAAGCGAGGGAUUCUUCGGCAACUGGAAUGGACUUGAAGCAGGCCAGUGCGGCGACGAAGACUGUAACCGACGUCGUAGCGGCGUCGAGCAUCUCCAUUCCUCAUGGCGAAGUUUAUCACGUCGGAGUUCCUGCACAAAGAUCAACAAUGGCGAAUCAAAGACAGAUUCAAAGGCCUGUUCAGAACUGGAAAGGGCCAGAUAAGAUCAGUAGGAUUUACGGGGAUUGGAUAGAUGAAAAUGAGUAAAAUUCUCUCUUUUGUAGGAAAAAGGCUGGUUUGGAGUUAUAAGGUGUGGUGUGGAAUCUAAGGUGUCAGUAACUAACAUUUAUCAAUGUUGUAUUAUGUUUUGGAAUUUGAACAUGUUGUAUAAUAUGGUUUUUGAGAAUUAUGAUUGUUGUUCUGUAAAUUUCAGUUUUGUGAGCUAACUAGGUGUAAAUUAUGGUUCUUUGUUAUUUUUUUGGGGGGCCAAUUACAUACAGACCACCUGAAACAUUAGUAUU